AAGCGACCGGAGCAGACGGGACAACCGGCAGCACGGCGGCGGGACACAGCCGGUUCAGCGCCAAGAUGAGAGCCGUGGUGGUGGCCCUCGCCCUUCUCUGCCUGACCGGCAUCCAGGCCCGCUCCUUCUGGCAGCAGGAUGAGCCCCAGGCACCCCUGGAUCGCCUCAAGGACAUGGUGGAAGUGUACCUGGAGACCCUGAAGGCCAGCGGCAAGGAUGUCGUCUCCCAGUUCGACUCCUCUGCCGUGGGCAAACAGCUGGACCUGAAGUUGAGCGACAACCUGGACACGCUGAGCGCAGCCGCCACCAAGCUGCGGGAGGACAUGGCCCCCUACUACAAGGAGGUGCGGGAGAUGUGGCUGAAGGACACGGAGUCCCUGCGCCAGGAGCUGACCAAGGACCUGGAGGAGGUGAAGGUGAAGAUCCAGCCCUUCCUGGACCGGUUCUCAGCCAAGUGGACGGAGGAUCUGGAGCAGUACCGCCAGCGCCUGGCACCUGUGGCCCAGGACCUGAAGGAGCUGACCAAGCAGAAGAUAGAGCUACUGCAGGAGAAACUGACCCCGGUGGCUGAGGAGGCUCGGGACCGCCUGCGCGGGCACGUGGAGGAGCUGCGCAAGAACCUGGCACCCUACAGCGACGAGCUGCGCCAGAAGCUGAGCCAAAAGCUGGAGGAAAUCCGGGAGAAGGGCAUCCCCCAGGCCACCGAGUACCAGGCCAAGCUGGUGGAGCAGCUCAGCAACCUGCGCGAGAAGGUGACGCCCCUGCUGCAGGACUUCAAGGAGCGCCUCACCCCCUACACCGAGACCCUCAAGAACCGCUUCAUCACCCUCCUGGACGACCUCCAGAAGAACGUGGCCUGAAGCAGGAACUGACCCCAGACCCGCUCCCCACCCUGCCUGGGGGGCUUCCCCCCGGGGGAGCUCUGGGGACGGGCUGCAGGAGCCCCGGGCCAGGCCAGUCCUCCCUGGGGACCCCCCGUCUCCCCCUCCUGCCACCCCCCUCCCCGAACCGGCGUUGCUCUCAGCUUUGCCCUCAUUUUGUCAAAUAAACGUGA